AUGGCUUCAAAAGGAAAGGCAAACGUAUCCAGUGUUGGAAGUAAAGUAAAAGGAAAGAAAAUCAGAGCAAAGAAAACCACUGAUGUAAUGAGCAAGAAGGAGUUCUACAAUCUAACUCUUCCUUCAUCUCUGGGCACAAAGCAGGCAGGAGUGACCAUCAUAGAUAAAAGUCAAGGAAACUACUUCGCACCAAAUGCGCUGAAGGGAAGAACAUUCGAGGUGAACCAGGGAGACCUCGUGGCCGGAUCAAACACACAGGCCUUCAGAAAGUUCAAGUUUGUAGUCGACGGAGUCAAAGGAAAGGACGCCAUCUCCAGCUUCCACACGAUGGAGCUGAUCAGCGACAAAAUAAAGAGCAUCCCCAAGAAGUGGCACACCCUCGUGGAGGCAUGCCUCAGAGUGGAGACCACCGAUGGAUACGUCCUGAGAGUGUUCACCAUUGCAAACACAAAGAGAAAGCCAAAGUCCACGAAGAAAAACUGCUACGCAAACUUGUCGCAAGUCAAGGCCAUUAGACAGAUCAUCUUCAAGAUCAUUGAAGAGGAAAUAAGCAACUGCAACAUCCACGACGUAAUGAAGAAGCUGAUGAACGAGACCAUAGGAUCAAGAAUCGAGCAGGAGGGCGUAAAAAUAUACCCACUGCAGAACUGCCACGUGAAGAAGGUGAAGGUAAUUAAGAGACCAAAGGUGGACGAGAGCGAGUUUGAGAGCAAACAAAAAGGAAAGAAGGUCGAGUUGUUAUACGAGCAAGAGGCAACUGCAUAA